AUGGCCUGGUUGCUGGAUGAGGGGUGUAGGGAGGUGGUUGAGACAGCUUGGCAGAAUGGUCGGACUGACGAUUUGCUGAAUUGUCAGCAAAGUUGUGGACACAGUCUGAUGCGGUGGGGUGGAGACCAUUUCCACAAGUUUGGAGAGAGCAUUAAGAGGCUGCGAAUGAGGCAGGAAGCCAUUAGACACAGGCGUGAUCCAGGUGCGAUAGCUGAGUUUCAUAAUCUUGAGAACCAGUUGUCCCAGCUGGAGGCCCAGGAGGAUGUUUUUUGGAGGCAGCGGGCGAAGCAACACUGGCUGCGUGGAGCUGAUGCCAAUACGAAAUUUUACCACAGGUAUGCCUCUGCCCGUAAGGAAAAGAAUUAUGUUGCCAAAUUGAAGAAUGAUGUUGGGGAGUGGGUGGAAGGGGAGAACAUGAAUUUGAUUGUUUUGGAUUACUUUGAAAAAAUAUUUGCCUCUAGUAAUUCUGUAUGCAGUGAUCCCUUAUUUGAUGAUUUUACUCCACGGUUUCCCCGACCCAUAAUACUGAGUUAA